AUGAUAGGUGACGUGUCCGUGCGGUCCUCCUCUCUUGCGUUCGACGCAAGCACCCACCGCGAGCAGUCGUUAGUCGAUCUUCGCGUGCGGAUCUACUACAAGGAAUUGCUCUGCAUCAACCAUAUGUUCGGUCUCCCAAUGUUUGACCGCCACAAGGUGUAG